CGGUCACCGCCAAGGUGACGACGCCGCAGGUCGACGCUGCUGUUGAGUCUGCGGACAAGAAGCAAAAGAAGAAAAAGUCCAAGAAGGCUAAGCAGGCCAAGCAGAAGCGGGAGCCUGAGGCUGCCGACUUCGAGGCUGAGGCUGAGCAGGAAGAGGAGGAGGCGCCCGUGGAGCCGAAUGGGGACGACGAGCAGGACGAAGAGACGGAGCAGGCUAUUGCGGAUGCGGCCAACCACAGCCUGGCCGAGGGUACCGUGGACCAGCGCUACUUCUCCAACGAGGAGUUUGCUUCGCUGCCACUGUCGGAGCCCACGCGCAAGGCUCUGGCCGACAUGGGCUUCACCAAGAUGACUAAGAUUCAGUCCAAAUCGAUUCGCCCGCUGCUGGCUGGACAGGAUCUGCUGGGUGCCGCUAAGACCGGUUCCGGUAAGACGCUGUCGUUCCUCAUUCCGGCGGUGGAGCUGCUGCACAAGGUCCGCUUCACGGCGCGCAAGGGCACGGGAUGCAUUGUCAUUUCGCCCACGCGCGAACUGGCGCUGCAAAUUUACGGCGUUGUGCGCGACAUCUGCAAGUACCACUCGCAGACGCACGGUAUUGUCAUGGGUGGAGCCAACCGCCGUGCCGAGGCGGAGCGUCUGGUGAAGGGCGUGAACAUUUUGAUCUCCACGCCUGGUCGUCUCCUGGAUCACCUGCAGAACACCAAGGCCUUUAUCUACCACAACCUGCAGAUUCUCGAGGAGAUGCGUCAGAUCAUCAAGUGUAUCCCGAAGGAGCGCCAGACGAUGCUUUUCAGUGCCACGCAGACGAAGAAGGUGGAGGACCUUGCUCGUCUCUCUAUCAAGGAGAAGCCUGUGUACGUCGGCGUGGAAGAAGAAGACACCAAGGCCACAGUUGCCACGCUUGAGCAGGGCUACGUUGUGACGCCGAGUGACAAGCGCUUCCUCCUUCUGUUCACGUUCCUCAAGAAGAACUUGAAGAAGAAGGUGAUGGUUUUCUUUUCGUCAUGCAGUGCCGUCAAGUUCUACGGUGAGCUGCUCAACUACAUCGACAUUCCGGUGCUGGACAUCCACGGCAAGCAGAAACAGAACAAGCGUACGACCACAUUCUUCCAGUUCUGUAACGCGAAGACUGGCAUCUUGCUCUGUACCGAUGUGGCUGCUCGUGGUCUCGAUAUUCCGGCGGUAGACUGGAUUAUUCAGUUCGACCCGCCUGAUGACCCGCGCGAGUACAUUCACCGUGUGGGUCGUACCGCGCGUGGAGCUAAGGGCAAGGGUAAGGCGCUGCUUAUGCUGCUGCCGGAUGAGCUUGGAUUCCUGAAGUACUUGAAGGCCUCGAAGGUGGCGCUCAAUGAGUACGAGUUCCCUGUCUCGAAGAUUGCCAACGUCGAAUCUCAGCUCAUGAAGCUUGUGGAGAAGACGUACUACCUCCACAAGUCCGCCAAGGACGCGUACCGUGGAUAUCUGCUGGCAUAUGCGUCUCAUUCGUUGAAGGGCAUUUUCGACGUUGGCCGUCUUGACCUGCAGGGAGUGGCCAAGUCUUUCGGUCUCCAGGUUCCGCCCAAGGUGACGCUUCCAGUGAAGACAAACGGCAAGACUGGCAAACGCAAGGGUACAUCGUUCGACAACGACGGCAGCUCACGUGGUGGCAAGUUCCAGCGCUCGGGCCACGCAUUUAGUGCCGACAACCCGUACGGCAAGCGCGCGUCGGGUGACAAGCGCCAGUUUGCUCACUGAGGGUUGCUGGCGGCUACUAUGUAAACAACGGCUUUUGCCAUUCACGUUCCUUUUUGCAAUAUAGAGCGAGCUUACAUC